AAGCACACGGCAUUGUCCGAAUGUCAGUGAAAGGCCUCACUGUGAGACGGCCAAGCGGAGCAAGACGGAAGGGACAAGGAUCACUCGCAGCGCCCAGCUUUUCUCAACUUUGGGGGUUUUAAAACAAGAUUUUCCCAUUUUUACCUGUUCCUCAAAAACAUCAUUUCGUCUUUUAACCCCUUGAUUCGGCCAGAAAAUGCAUCAUGAGUGCAAUUCGAGGCUUUCUCAACGCCUUCAAGGCCCGCAGCCCCCCAAUCACCGGGAUAAUCAACCUCAAACCCCUCAGCGACUCCAACGCUCGUGUGGGGAGAGCUUUUCUCGAGCGCUGCAACCCCUUUAGAGACCUUCCCAAAGACGCGAGGCUUGAGAACACGCUAUGCGAAGUGAGAUACAUUGAUCGUGUACUGCGCGAUACUCUUGUUCCUACGUCGUUGCCUAGUGAUGAUUAUCACUUUUGCUCGAAAUUACUACGCAGUUUGGAAACGAGGCGCGACUUAACAUGGUUGGUUCUAAGGGAGACGGAUAUAAGGGAUACGAUUGGUGCUAUUGCUAGAAGAGGUGGACAAAGGGCGCCUAUUCCCGACGAACCUCACGAUAUUCACAAUCGCGCGAAAGCUCUCGAACGACAUUGGUCAGCGCUGGAAAAAUGCCACACCAAGCUACGAGAAUGGGAGCCGAAAUAUGCGACACAACCACAACCGCCGCUUUUAGAAGAGGAUACGUCGGUUCUUGAAUUAAGCGACGAACAGGCUACGCAUGCAGAGAUUGAGUAUCGAGAAUGGCGAUCCGAUCGCGAUAGAAAAGUCUCAUAUUUAAAGCUCAAUCCACCCGAGCCAGCGGCUUUUAUACCUGUUGAAAGACGAGAUAUUCAGACUGACGAGACGUGGAAGAUACUUCCGCCUUCGGAUAGUGAGAUCGGGAUGAGGCUUUUGCCUGUUUGGACGCCGAUUAUUUUUCAGGAGGUGCCACUUGAUUGGGAGAGCCCUGAUUCAUCGUUGAGAAGUACAUCUGGUGAGAAAAGGCGGAGGGAUGAGUUUAGAAGGAGGGAGAAUGAUAGAAGGGAGAAGAAGUAUGAGUUUCAGAAACAGCUUCGUGAGGAGAUGAGCAGGUCAUGACAUGAUGAGUUGAAUUACUUGGAGUUUCGGUUGGGUUAAUGACCUGGGAUACAUAAGGUCUUGGUGUUUGCAUAUACAGAGCUUGAUAUUCAACAUACAUCAGCAUAGACAACAAGGAGCAGAAGGACCGGGAGCAUAUUUAUCUAUGCUAUUUAUAUAUACGACAGGUAUUCAGCGAAACAUACUUCUCAGCGCAAAACUCUGGGUUUUGGAUUUCGGAACAUAUACAACUUACGAGGGAAGGCCAUGGAAGGAUUUUUAAAAAGAAGAAUACCUAGUCAUAGGUAUUCUUAUUCAUUCCCCAGGACUUCGAAAUCUAGUUCGACGACCGUAUAUGAUGUACCACGAGCUGAGCUAGUAAUCAGACCAUAACGUUAGCAAAAACAGAAACUAAGGCAUUAUAUAUCUUCCA